AUGUCACAGGUUGUUGAUAUGUUGUCCAAGAAAACAAAGCUCAAUGAGAAGCAACUCACAGCACUAGGUUUCUUCCAAGACUCAGGAGAGUCUUCUGUUUCACAAAAUCAUGACAAGGAAAAGGAAAUCACUCUCGACGACGCUGCUGCCGCCGCCGCCGCCCCCGACGCCACCACCAAAGAUGGUGAAAAAGCAACGGCCGCUCCGGUGAUCACUCCUGAAUUCAGGCUUGCAAAUCACUUACUACUCUCCAAAGAAAGCGGCGGUUACAAGAACGUUGCUUUUUCGCCUUUGUGCAUCAAACUCCUUCUUAGCAUUGUCGCCGCCGGGUCCAACGGCCCGGUUUGUGACGAACUCCUCUCGUUUCUCCGGUCAGAAUCCAUCAACGAUCUUAAUUCCGUAGCAACUCAGCUCUUGUUCUCCGUGUUUGUCGACCGUUCUUCGAGCGGCGGGCCUCACCUCUCUUACGCGAAUGGUGUUUGGGUUGACAAAACCCUAUCUCUGAAGCCUUCCUUCUCACAAGUUUUGGAGAAUACUUACAAGUCCACUUUUGCUUCACUUGAUUUCACAAACACGGAUGAAGUAGCGAAGGAAAUUAACUCAUGGGUUGAAAGGGAGACGAAAGGCGUUAUUAAGAACUUGAUUGAUCCUGAUUCAAUCCAAUUAACGGAUUUGAUCAUGGCGAACACACUCUACUUUAAAGGAUUAUGGUGGGACAGCAACACCUUCAGACAAAAAGAUACACGGGAUGGUGACUUUCAUCUCUUAGAUGGGAGUUGCUCAGUGAAGGUUCCCUUCAUGGAUGGAAGUCACCGCCGUUACGCCAUUGCUCAUCAUUAUCAAGAUUUCAAGGUCCUCAGUCUUGAUUACAAGGUAGCCAGCAGCGAAAAUGUCCCCAGAAGGAGGUACACCAUGCAUAUUUUUCUUCCCGAUGAAAUCAACGGCUUGCCUGCUUUGGUUGAAAAGGUACGUAGGCAAUACUCAUUUGAGUAA